AUGAGAUCUGCUAACGUGGAAGCUGGAUUGACUCCAAUGGAUAACCAAUGCGUCCGGAAGGAUAUAUUUAUCGGGGGAUGCGGUCCUGACGGAAACAAAACGUGCAUAAACGAUUUUGUUAAGAAAGGAGGUGAAGCCAAUAGGCCUUCUAGUUGCGAAUGUGAUAACUUCGGCGAAGAACAUUUAUGCCGAUGUAAUUUUAAGUGCUAG